AUGCAUCUUUUUAUUCCUUUUACUGGGUUGUCCCUUUUGAGCCGGGCAUUUGCCAAUUCGAGUUCCAGCCCGAGUGCCUCGGCCACUCUGACUGGUUCCAUUGUGACAUCUUCUGGCACUCUUGGAAUUCCCAAUGAUGCUUCGUGUGCAUGCGCAAAGCUUGCCCAUUCUAUGCCUAAGCGCAUGCUCUUACCGGGCUCUACAAAUUAUACCAUAGAGACGGUCGACAAGCUUUGGGAUAUUCGCGCCGACCUCUCACCUGCUUGUGUCGUGGUACCUAAUACCGCCAAUGAGGUCUCGCAAGCCGUCGAAAACAUUGUUUCCUGCAAUGCGCAGUUUGCUGUCCGAGGUGGGGGGCAUAUGAAUUACCCGGGCGCGAACAACAUAGACGCUGGUGUUCUCGUUGCCCUGUCAAAUCUGAACUCCAUCAAAGUGAAGAGAGAUACAGUGGAUGUGGGCCCUGGUCUCACUUGGUACGAUGUAUACUCAGCACUUGAGCCCUAUGGCCGUGUUUGCAUCGGAGGCCGUAUGAAAACCAUCGGUGUUCCUGGCCUGACUCUUAUUGGUGGCUUCCAUUACUUCAAUAAUAAGUACGGAUACGCCAUGGACAACGUGGUUAACUACGACGUCGUUCUGGGCAAUGGUACCCAGAUCACCACCAACAAGACCUCUCACAGUGAUCUCUUCUGGGCUUUGAAGGGUGGCGCGAACAACUUUGGAAUCAUUACGCGAUUUGAACUGAAGACCUUCAACGUGCCAAAGGUUAGCACCACUAUUCAGAUCUUCAACGAGACCCAUAUCCCGGAAUAUCUCGCCGCUGUUUGUGAUGCUGCCAAGUUGAAUGAGGUGGACCCCAUUGCUGCAGGAAUGAUUGCUACCAUCUCGUACAAUGCGACCACAAAGAUAGCCCAAGGCAGUCUCUUGGGUGUUCAGGAGGGUGUCAGCAACCCCCCUACGGAGUUCGCCAACUUUACCAAGAUCCCUGCCGUCCAACGCACCCACAAUGUUACUACCAUGAAACCUUGGGCCAACCAGCUCGACUCUCCUAAGCAGAUGUUCCGGGUGCAAUUCUCUCACAAGACCAUGAAGCCGGAUGCAGAUGUCCUGUACUCGAUCUAUCAAGCUUGGAAGGAUGCAGUGGAUGCAGUCGCAGAUGUCAAGGGUCUAUAUCCUACCUUCGUCACCAAUGUCAUUUCCCCUACCUCUGUCCGCGUGGCCAAGACCAACGGCGUCGGUAAUGUCUGGGGUCUUGAGGAAGAGCCACUGAUAAUUUGGCAGUUCAGUACUGGUUGGGCCCUCGCUCAGGAUGAUCGCCGGAUGCAAGCUUGGUUUCGUCAACUAAGCGAACACCUCCACGGUAUUAACCAGGAAAGGGGCAUUGCUUCCGAGUUUGUCUAUAUGGGGGAUGCCGGUGACUGGCAGGAUCCAUAUUCUGGUUUCCCUAGGGACAAUGUCGCUCGUAUGAGGACAGUUAGAUCGGCAUACGACCCCAAAGGAGUGUUCUCCAAGCUCAACUGGGGUGGUUUCAAGCUAGGCCUGUGA